AUGCUUUGUCAUGCAGUGACAGACGCAGGGGUUACUGAAAGCACAGAAAAUCUGUGCAAUCGACUCCUUGAUUCUCUGGGACCAGAGUGGCAGAGUUUCAUAAUCUCCUGGUCCACCAGACCAGAAGCUGACAAGACUCUUGAAGAAUUGAUUCUCCUGCUCAGGGGUCAGAAGGAUCUCGAAUAUAACGGCUUCGCGGAAGAAGCUCUACCUCGUCAGCGGAAUCAAUUGGCGCACUAUCUACCUCUACAAGCAGUCUUCAAGAUGAACAACGAUAACACGAAGAUCACGAAGACACGAGUGGUCAAAGACGCCGGAGCACGGAGGAGCCACGAAGCAGCACUCAACGACUGUUUACAUCAAGGCGAGAACCUACUUCCCCUAGUGCCAGAAGUUCUCAUCGCGUUUCGGGAAUGCAAAUUCGAAAUUACCGCCGACAUCGAAAAAGCUUUCCUACAGUUCGAGAUCAACCCGAGUGACCGAACUUUCCUCAGAUUCCUGUGGCCACUCGGUAUCUCCGAGAAACCAGACGCCCCCAUCAGGGAAUUUCGGACGAGAGUUCUUGAUUUCGGACUGAUCUGUUCACCAUGGCUACAUAUCAAAGGGGUGAAGCACCACUUGAAGGACUGCCUUUAG